AUGCCCGUCAUAGAGGUCAAUACCGCCAGCAGUGCAAACCUCGCCAUUGGAUUGGAUCAACAGAAUCCUCCAGCACCACUUAAUCGCUCGACAACCCUCAUUUUCACAGUAUGCGGCAUCGGCUUUUCCUUUGGUGUGUACCAAGAUGUCUACCAGGGCCUGUCCCACGACCCUUCGUCGCCAUUCUACGGCUCAUCACCGGCCAUGAUUGACCUCAUCGGCACGCUGGCCAUCUCGCUCAUGACAAUCGGCGCCCCCUACGUGACGGCGUGGACUAAACGAUUUCCUCCCCAAUUUGUCAUCUGGGCUGGUGGGAUUGUGUUUUCUCUCGCCUUGCUGUUGGCCUCGUUCGGCCAACGAAUGUGGGAGAUCCAGCUCACUCAAGGAUUGCUCUGCGGCAUAGGGACUUGUCUAUCCUACAUGCCCGCGGUUACGGUGGCGCCGACUUGGUUUACGGCGCGUCGCGGUCUGGCCAUGGGGUUUCGCAACUCUCUGCGCAUAUCAGCAGCCGUUGCCUUUGUGCUCAUCAGUGCCACCGCUCCCGUCAUGCGUUGGGAAGCUCCUGCAUCACGCCGGUUCAGGGCAGAAGCGAGGCAUUCGCCAGGCAUCGUGGGCCUGCUCAAAAUCCCCUUGGUGGACUAUCGCAUCGCUCGAUCCCGCACCUUCUUUGCGCAAGCCCUGGAGGCCGCACUGCAAUCCGCGGCAUAUUACACCCCCGUGUUUUUCUUCGCCUCGUAUGCAAGAACCUUGGGCUACUCUUCGGCCACGGCUUCGGACUUUAUCGCCCUGUCCAACGCUGCCAACGCUAUUGGGAAGAUCAUCAUCGGCCACGCAGCAGACAGAAUCGGCCGCCUCAAUGCUUUGUUCCUGACUAUGGCUAUUUCAGCGGUCGCUGCGCUUGGGUUGUGGAUUCCCUCGUCCCUUUCCUCGACCCAGGCUGACAGCCGCAACCUGUUUAUCGCCUUCACGGUACUCUAUGGCAUUUUCGCAUCCGCAUACGUGUCACUCUUCCCGACCUCUCUUGUCGAGGUCUUUGGAGUUCAAAACUUUGCCUCGGUGAACGGGUUUCUGUACAUGGUGCGAGGAUUGGCCACCAUGGUCGGGACACCCGUCGCCGGCGCACUCGUCCGAAGUGCCACUCAUGAAAAAGGCCCUGCCCCGUACCAGAACACUGCCAUUUUGGUGGGCGUGCUGCUGACAAGUGCCACUCUGGCCGUGUUUUGGGUCAGGUUGGAGGCUGCGGUCAGCAAUUUGAGCCAAGGAGGCGCAAAGUGGAAGCUUUGA